AUGACGAUUAGGAAGACGUUGAUCUGGAGAAAUCUUCUUUUCUGGUACAUCACACACACGUUGAUUCCGGGAUCUGUUAGAUCACAAGUUAUCACACUGGACUCCAUAGAGAUAUUCACCAAGCAUGACUGGUUCAAACUCAAACACACAGUUUACUUUCAAUGCAAAGGAGAGAACAAGACUGUUCUUCCUGAUGUUAUCAAAUCCGAUACAUUGUACACUUUCCGCGGUCAAGAAUCAUGGCAGCCUAUGACUGAGAUCAGUGGCGAAAAGUGUAAGAGAUGCGGAAUCUAUGAGCAAGGCAGUCUCAUAUCAGACAGAGAGUUUGAUGAAUGGGAGCUUUGUCCUUCAGAUUUCUCAGCUAGCCAAAUCUAUAUGCACUUUAAGGAAAAAGAGAUCAAUGCUACGUUUGUCUGCCACGGUUGUGCCAAGCUCGACUCCGUAUCUGCUGGAGCAACGACGGGUUCAAGUUCAAAAGAGGAGGGAGAUAAUGGGUCAAAAGUUGUGAUAGCUAUUGUGGCAGGGGUCUUGUGUGCAACUAUUGUGGUGGUUGGAGGGGUUUUUAUGUUUAAGCACUCUAAGAGGAUGAAGCUGCAGCGAGAUCAAGCCAGGUUUAUGAAGCUAUUUGAGGAAAAUGAUGAACCUGAAGAUGAACUUGGACUUGAACCUGUGCUAUGA